GAAGAAGACAUUCCCAUACCGCCGCUAUAUAACUGUUUGACUUUAGCUCGCAUGUUGUUCUGAUUGCAGUGGGUCAGAGUGGUUGGAAUUGUUUUAAGAUGCUGAUUUUGUCAAACAGGAUAAAGUUUUGCUCGCUGGCGUUUACCGCCGCGCGCCUUUACAGCAGCGGCCCCGCAGCGGCUAAUAAAAACCCGAAGGUUUACUUUGACAUUGCUGCGGAUAACGAGCCUCUGGGCAGAGUGACGUUUGAGCUCAACGCAGAUGUUGUGCCAAAAACAGCAGAAAACUUCAGAGCGCUUUGUACAGGACAACAUGGCUUUGGUUACAAGGGCUCCAGCUUCCACAGGGUCAUCCCUCAGUUUAUGUGCCAGGGUGGAGACUUCACCAACCACAAUGGAACCGGUGGGAAGUCCAUUUAUGGGUUGAGAUUUCCUGAUGAGAACUUCCAGUUGAAGCACACUGGGCCUGGUAUUUUGUCCAUGGCCAAUGCUGGACCCAACACCAAUGGAUCCCAGUUCUUCAUUUGUACUGCAAAAACAGAGUGGCUCGACGGCAAGCAUGUUGUCUUUGGCAGCGUAAAGGAGGGGAUGGACGUGGUGAAGAAAGUGGAAUCCUAUGGUUCCCGGUCUGGGCGCACCUCCAAGAGGAUCACAAUCACAGACUGUGGAGAGCUUGAUUAGACUCCUAUGUGCACAGUGGGUUCUGUCAGAGUGGCAUCUCCUGCUGUAAUCUUAACAGAAGAGUCCUUUCUUUAUUCACAGUGCAAAGAGCUACCUCGCUGUGGUAAAUAUGGAUCACUGGAUCUCUCAUUUUCAUAUGGUGGUACUUGAAUGCUGUCGGCUCCUAUUUUGGGGCCUCUGAAGUCCUUUAAAUGGGAACUUGUGAAGAGUCGUCAAUUAAAGAUUUCAUACAUUGGUUUGAAAAAAAGAAAAGCAUAUUUUUGUCCAUGUGAUCAUCAUUGAUUAAA